AGGAUUUGCACCCAUACCAUAAACAGAAAGACUGGUAGUUGAAGAAGACGGAGGAGAAACUAGGUGUUUGUUCCUCCUGCAAUCCCUAGAUCUCUCCCAAUUUUCGCGCCAUGACGUCGGAUUCGAGCUCUUCUCCUUCUUCAUCCGGCACCGAAUUGGCCGAUCCGAACCUUAUUCCUGAUCCUAGCGUAAAUUUGGAGGGUAUCGUCGGUGAUCAAUUGGCCUCGAUGGGACUGGCGGAUCCAAUCGAAGGCUCCAGUGGCAGUCACACGGAGGAUGGAGAUCGCUCGCCGGAGGAAGAGGAUCAACACGGCUCGGAGAUUCCACCGCCGAACGGGGAUGGUGACGAGGACGGGGGAGGAGAGGUAGUGGAAGGAGGAGCGUGGUUGACGGCGGGGCAUUCGGUGGAAAUGGAGGUUGGGGAAGAGCCGUCGAGCCCCACAAGCAGCGGCUACGACGGGGAGCGAGGGAGCAGCGGCGGGACUACCUCCACUUCGAGAGCCGAAGACGAUAAUCUGAGCGGCGAUGAGAUUCGAGAAGUAAAGGUGGACGGCGAAGGAGACUCGCACGCGGCGCCGUGGCUGCCCGGGAAACGCCAUUUCGACGAGGAUGAUGCCUCCAUGUCAUGGAGAAAAAGGAAGAAGCAUUUCUUCAUAUUGAGUCAUUCGGGCAAGCCUAUAUAUUCCAGAUAUGGAGAUGAACAUAAGCUUGCUGGAUUCUCAGCUACUCUCCAAGCUAUUAUCUCCUUUGUGGAGAAUGGUGGUGAUCGUGUCAAUUUAGUAAAAGCUGGAAAACACCAGGUGGUAUUUCUCGUAAAAGGGCCAAUCUACCUAGUCUGCAUCAGCUGUACAGAUGAAACAUAUGAAUCUUUGAGGGGGCAAUUGGAUCUUUUAUAUGGUCAGAUGAUACUUAUUUUAACAAAGUCAAUAAAUAGAUGUUUCGAGAAGAAUCCAAAGUUCGACAUGACACAUUUGCUUGGAGGAACAGAUGUUGUCUUCUCUUCUCUGAUCCAUUCAUUCAGCUGGAACCCAGCUGCCUUUCUUCAUGCAUACACUUGUCUUCCCCUUUCAUAUGCGACAAGGCAGGCUGCAGGGGCCAUAUUGCAAGAUGUUUGCAGCUCCGGUGUCCUGUUUGCUCUUCUAAUGUGCAGAGACAAGGUUAUUAGUCUUGUAGGCGCGCAAAAGGCUUCUCUCCAUCCUGAUGACUUACUGUUGCUUUCAAAUUUCGUCAUGUCAUCAGAGUCCUUCAGGACCUCAGAAUCUUUCUCACCGAUCUGUCUGCCAAGAUAUAAUCCUCUGGCAUUUUUGCAUGCCUAUGUCCAUUUCUUUGAUGAUAAUACCUAUGUCACGCUGCUUACCACACGAUCAGAUGCCUUUUAUCAUCUGAAAGAUUGCCGGAUCCUCAUUGAAGCUGUCCUUCUCAAGUCAAAUGUUCUUAGUGAGGUUCAAAGGUCAAUCAUGGAGGGCGGGAUGCACGUAGAAGAUUUGCCGAUAGACCGCCGGGUUUGGCAAAAACCAUCCUCUGCUUCUCAUCCGGGAGAAGAUAGAAACCCACAGGAUGCUCCCGAGAGAUUCAGGGAAGUUUCUGUGGGGACUGGGGGUCCUGCUGGACUUUGGCAUUUCAUGUACCGCAGCAUCUACUUAGACCAAUACGUUUCUUCAGAAUUCUCGCCACCAAUAACUAGUCACAGACAGCAAAAGAGUUUAUAUCGAGCGUACCAGAAACUUUAUGCGUCUAUGAAUGACAAAGGAAUGGGGCCACACAAGACUCAGUAUAGAAGAGAUGAACACUAUGCUCUUCUAUGUUGGGUCACACCGGAUUUUGAACUUUAUGCUGCAUUUUAUCCGCUUGCUGAUAAGGCGAUGGCGAUAAAGAUAUGCAACAAGGUGUGCCAGUGGGUAAAAGAUGUGGAGAAUGAGAUUUUCUUGCAGGGAGCAAGCCCCUUUUCGUGGUGAACGGUGAUUACUUCCUCUCUCCUCUCUCUCUCUCUCUCACACACACACACACCUUGUAUUCUACAUUUUGUUUUGUUUUUUUGGUUUAAAACUUGAAAAAUAAUCGUGAUAAUCAGAAAUCUUCAAUUGUUGGUUCUGUAUCUAAAAGGAGGGGAAAGGUUAAGAAAGUGUAAUUUUGAGAGGUCUUUCCUUCGCAUCUCCUCCCUCUUUUGUGCAGUCAACAAACGGUCGUAAGCUUUUGAAUCCUUUACGAGAGUUUUAGGCUGCGUGUGUGCCUGUCUAGUUUUUUUGAUGACAAUAAUCAUUUCAUUCUUGGUGUGUGUU